AAUGUUUGUGUGUGAGUCAACCCAAUUUUUAAUCAUUUAAUGCGGAACAAAGAACAAAAACACGUCAUUAAAUUUCUACUUUGGCUCGGGCUAGACUCAAGCGCGCAUACAUUGUCAUCUUUUUUAUUAAUUUUAAUUUGCUAUGUGUGUGCAUACAUUCUUACUGCAUACAUUCUUACAGCCACGGUGAACUGAAACUGAAAAAUGCAGGAACUCGUUUGGCCAUCCUCCCUAAUUUUUUUAUCGUUCGACUUUUCCCUUUCUUUUCUUCUCCUCUUUGCAAUAAAUAAUAACCACACUUUAGAUUUCAUUUUAUUCUUUCCUACACAAAUGUCCUCUUCUUCUUCGAUCGCUCCCCCAUGCAUCACGUUCAUCGGCGGCGGCAACAUGUGCGAGGCGAUUCUGUCCGGGCUACUCAAGACCGGACACCCUCUGACGCACGUCCGUGUUUCCGAGCCCACUCCCCAGCGCCAAGAGUACCUUCGGUCAACCUACAAAAUUGACGUAUUCGGGGACAACAACCAGGCGAUCACCGGUGCAAGCGGCCAAGUGUCCACCGCCCCCGUGGACGUCGUCGUCCUGGCGGUCAAGCCGCAAGUGGUCGGCGAAGUCGUCCGCGGCAUCGCCCAGUCCCUGCAGCAAACCCAGCCGCUGGUUAUUUCCAUUGUCGCCGGAGUCGCCAUUAAGGACUUUUCCCGGUGGAUCCACCACCAGGAGAAGCAGCAGGGAUCGGCAACAGGCGGUAAGCGUGUGCCGCUGGUGAGAAUGAUGCCGAAUACGCCGGCGCUGGUCGGCGAGGGCGCGGCAGGCAUGUUUGCCGAUGCGGAUGUCAGCCAGGAGCAGCGUAUGCAGACCGAGUAUGUUGUGCGGAACAUCGCCAAGGAAUAUUUCUGGGUCGACACCGAGUCCGGUGUCGACGCAGUCUGUGCGGUGAGCGGAUCCGGCCCGGCCUAUUUCUUCCUUGUGAUUGAGGCCAUGGAGAAAGCCGGUGUUGCCAUGGGUCUGGACGCGGAGGUUGCAAAGCGACUGGCGGCGCAGACUGCUUUGGGCGCUGCGAAGAUGGUGUUGACUAGUGAGGACGAUGUUGCCACUUUGAGGACGAAGGUUACGUCGCCGAAUGGAACUACGCAGGCAGCAAUUGAGAAGAUGAUCGAGGUUGGCGUGCCCCAGGGGAUUGCACAGGGCGUGGCUGCAUGCAGAGAACGCUGCUCGACUUUGUCUGAGGAAUUUGGCAAACUGUAAGAGCGUAUUUUUGUUACGUGUUGGGAAUUGAUAUCGCUUAACUAUGACGUAAAUAAUAAACCAACACUUGAUUUCCACCCCCUUUUUGUUCUAUUGGUUAGUUAGCUUGAAGAAAAUAGUUCAAAGUGUAUGGUUGUAAAUAUAGCGAAGCGCUGCUAUUCGUGCUUGCACAUGUCGGUCUUCCACUUUCCACUAUUCAUUUUCU